AUGGCAUGCAACUUGCGAUCAAACAAAGUCACGAUCAUCGACGAGAUCAGCUUUCUUUCUUCUCGACACUUCGACCAAAUCAGCUCAAACAUGAAGCAAGUAUUCAAAUCGAGGAACGAGUUUGCCGGACUAUCGAUCAUCGUUGUCGGCGAUUUUAAUCAACUACGACCAAUUGGAGCUCCGUAUUGUUUCCAACCGAAAAGUCGAUGCACUACAGCUGCACUCGUGGACAAUCCGCAAUGGGCGCCCUUCCGUAUGUUUGAACUUACGGAAAUUAUGCGACAAAAAGACGACCUCAGAUUCGCAGAAGCACUCAGCCGACUUGCAGUAGGUGCAACAACAUCAAACGACAACCGACUGUUCGAAAGCCGUUGCUUUACUCCGGAAACCCUUCCGGUUGAGGCUCGUUCAUGCUUACGACUGAUAGCUUUCAACGAAGAUGUCUACAAAUAUAACAUUCAAAGAGCGCAAGAGUUGAUUCGAUCAGGCGCACGGCAAUUUAUUUACACGGCUAUUGACAGAUUCAUCGGAACGUACACAGACAAUCAGAAGAAGAAAGCAAAACAUGUGCUCGCUUUAAUGAAACCUGGAGACACGCAGGGAUUAGUGGCCGAACUUCAUCUCGUCAUCGGCCUUCGGUAUAUGAUAUCGACCAACAUUGAUGUUUGCGACGGCUUGUUCAAUGGUGCCUGCGGAGUUUUACGGUUUGUCGAACUUCGAGAGCGAUGUAUCACAGCAGUAUACAUGGAAUUUGAUGAUGAAAAGACCGGAGCAUUAGCUCGAAGAGGUCGAUAUGAUGUGAUGAGAGCAAACUCGCAGAUUCAGCCGAAUUGGACUCCGAUCAAGCUGACCAAUCGAAACUUCAACACUACCGAACGCGGAAAGGUGCAAGUUAAUCGUGUACAAUUCCCUAUGGUAAUGGCCGAAGCCAUAACCAUUCACAAGAGCCAGGGACGAUCCGAAAGAUUGGUCUGUGUUGAUGUCGAAAAAGGAAUGAACCGACAAAAGUAUUACGUUGCGUUUUCCCGAGCAACUACACUCAACGGACUCUUUAUUUUGGGCAAAUUCAAACCUCCCGGACCAGUCGAAGCCAAUGAUCCGAUAGCGUUUAUACUAGUAGCCAAAUACUUGCAUUUCAAGAGACCUGGACUGUAUAUAAUGAGUCUUACGACAUUCCAAACUUCACCGAAAUAUCGCGAAAUCGGUUAA